AUGUUUUAUGUAGUUUAUAUGCUUCAUAAUGAGCCAGAAAAUUUGGAACGGGUCAAUGCCCACGAGGAGGAGUUUGGCAGCGGGAGCGAGUCCGGCGAAGGCGUUUGGCGCCUACUCAGCAAGGAGGUCGCAGAGCACAUAGAUGACAGCGUCAUAUCGCUCGCUUCGUUCCACGCUGGUGGCCACACAGGAAGUUCGUUGUUCUUCGCAUGCACUGGCGUGAUCAUAAAGAGCAAUAAAGCUAGCACAAGUUUUGUGACCUCGUUGAGCCUGGUUAGAUCUAUCGAUGAUGACAGCAAGAUCUUGCACGAUUUGAGGAUCGAAGUGCGCCUUCCCAACAACUACCUCUGCAUUGGAAUGCUGGAGCACUACGACUUGGAACACAAUGUCGCCAUUACUGGAGUUGGAGGGCCCCUCGUCGAUUUUAAAGGGGACUUUGUUGGGAUCAACUUCUAUGCUAAGGAAGAGUCUCCCUUCCUACCGAGGGAUAAAAUUCUGGAUCUCUUGACGCGGUUUAAGACUACACCUCCGCGUUGCUGGGACAAAAGCAAGGCACGAGAGUCCCGUGAAUCUCACGAGUUUGAUUUAGAAGGCAGUUCGAGCCCGGAGAUGAAAAAUAAGAAGCUGAAACCUUCCAUAUGUACUAUAUGUGAUCCAGAAUGCCAAUCAGAACUCGAGGAUAGAUUAGUGAAGAAGCUGCCCCGAAUUUAUCGGUGGCCGCAUGACUGGGGUUUUGUAUCAGUGGAGUCUAGAAUAGACAAGUUCAAAUCCCGUGGUUACCCCUUACCCGUUUUGGAGGAUUGUGGCAUGGAAUUGCGUUAUAAUUUUGAGGAUCAAUUUAGUGAAGAUAUCUGGAGCAAACUCCCAAAAAGAGUAGCUUCAAAUAUGUCUCGAAGUGUUGUCGCAUUGGCUUCAUUCAGUGGUGGAGCAAGGCUUUUUGCUUGCACAGGUGUAUCCAUAGACUGCAACGGGUCCACCACAAGAGUUCUGACCUCGGGAAGUUUGGUUAGAAGUUGUUUCCAUGAAAGCAAGGUUGCUGAUGACUUAAAGAUUGAGGUGCGCCUUCCAGAUAAACGACAUGUCCCAGGGACGUUACAACAUUACAAUCUGCAUUAUAAUGUUGCUGUCGUCAUCAUCGAGAAAUUUCGCUGUACUCGGACAGCAAAUAUCGACAAUAAUGUGAAAACUGACACUCUUUCGGAGGCAAUAGCCAUAGGGCGCGUUUAUGAAUCAGGCAAAUUAAUGGCUGCAAGUGGGACAUUGUUUGACAAAAAGAGGGAACUUGACUGCGAUGAUCUUAAGAUCUCCACUUGUGAAAUCACCAAGGCUGGGAUUGGAGGGCCUCUUAUUGACUUUAAUGGGAACUUUAUUGGUAUGAACUUCUAUGGCUUGGAAGAAACUCCAUACAUGCCAAAGGAUAUAAUUUUGAAACUUCUGACGAAUUUUGAUGCAGAAGGGACUGUUGACGCUGAUUUUACUGAAGUCCCUAACCCAAACAGGUGGCAUGUGCCUAAGCCGUAUUGGUGUUAUCCGUCAUGGCACGACGAGAUGGAGGAGGUAGACAUAUUGAAAUUAUUUGAGGCAGAAUUUGAUUAG